UAUUAUUCAUAAUCAUUAAUUGUCAUAUAUAUGUUAAUCAUAUUAUAUAAUUUCGUAACUUUUAUUUAAGGAAAAAUAAAAUAUUCUUUUUGUGUAUUACUAAACAAUUGUAUAGUUAGUUUAAUAAAAAGUAUAAUACAUAUUUAUAUGGAUUGGACUAAUUUAUUUUUCUAAAGAAUCAUCUUCGUGAUAUCACAUAGCUAUGAAAACACGCUGUAAUGCUUCAUAUACAGGGGAUAGUAGUACCUUUGGUACAAUUCAAAAGUCAACCAUCUUGUAGUCAUUAAGCUAAGCAAACCGCUCCCUUAGAAAAUGUAUCACACGAGGCUUUUGUUUUUUAUAAAAGGCUCGUUCAUCCGGUAGGAACCAUAACUCAUUGUCAUGUCACGAUUUACCUUAUACCCUUCUUUCUUGCUCCUGUUACGGCUCGUUGCCGCUCAAAGCACCGAUACUGAAGGAGGAGCAGGGUUAAAACCAACCACGGCUAUAAUCAUGAUCGUAUUCGUCAGCGUUUUUUUCUCACUUGGAUGUGUCUCCGUCGUCUACAUGCGAAAGUAUCUCACGCAAGCUCUAGGGAUCGACGACGGAUUAAGAUCCGGCGACAGGGGAAACUGGCUUAGCGAGAGGCAGGGGGCGUGUGGGCUCGACGCGUCUGUCAUAGAAACGUUUCCAACGUUCCGUUACUCCACCGUGAAGACGUUGAGAAUUGGCAAAGCAGCCUUAGGGUGUCCCGUUUGUCUUAACGGGUUUGAGGACGAUGAAACGCUGCGGUUGAUUCCUCAAUGCUGCCACGUGUUCCAUACUUGUUGCAUAGAUGCAUGGCUACGUUCUCACGUCACGUGUCCUCUCUGCCGUGCCAAUCUCGUUCCUGUACCGGGUGAGUCUGUUUCUUUCGAGAUAUCCGGUUUAGCUAGAGAAUCCGGUCAGAACUCUCCCCGAACGUUGAUUUCUGAUGAUAACCGGAGAAGGGUUUUGGGUUCUCCGGACGAGCGGUUGAUUGACUCAGUGGCUUGGUCAGGUAACAAGAGCAUGCCACGUAAGUCCAUGUCUACUGGUUGGAAGUUAGCCGGAUUGUUUAGCCGGUCGAGUUCUACCGGUCAAAUGAGGGAAAAUCUAGACCGGUUCAAGCUAAGGUUACCGCAGGAGAUACACGACCAGCUGGUGAACCAAGAGUCAAAAGGGCAUAUUGCGUUACCUCAAGUGAGGAGCUCAAUACGAGGGUACAGAACCGGAAGCCUAGGGAAUGAAAGAAACUAUUUUUACUUUGAACAGUUUGAUCAAGACGGUCGGUUACACCGAAGACCAUUUUCUAUAACUCCUCCGUACUGUACCGGGUCAUUUCAGUCUCUGGAUAUCCACGGAGCUCAGGAGCCUGCUGGUCCACACAAAGGCUUGAUUGAAGCAAAUCAGCAAUAAGGUCACCGUUUGAUCGGUUAGUCACUGGAAAGAACAAUGUCGGUGAUGCGAGUCUGGUGUGAACAGGUUUAAUAAAAUAGGGUUUUGUUGAGAAAUUUACGAAGAAAAAUCUGUAUAUUUGUUAUUUUGUUACUCAAGAAAUUCAAUACCUUGUACUCUGCUGAAAUAAAAGAAAUGCUUUUGUUUUAUCUAAGUUUUGUAACAG